AUGACGAUGCAGCAGCAAGAUCCUCAGCAAAAGCCGCCUCCGUCCGAUGAGGCUUUGCCGGACCCUCACAUCUGCGGCUCACCUCCUGGCCCCUCCAUCCACGACGAAUUGUCGAAUCUCAAAGACGAUGACACCAAGGAUCAUCCGUCCGUAACCUUCGCUGGCAUCUAUGGCGGAUUGCCGAAUCUCGUAGACGUUGAUGCCACGCAGCAGCUGCAGUCCACCAUCCGUGCAGACCUAGCUGAUGAAUGGUUGAAUCUCAGAGGCAACGAUGGCAUGCAGCGGGGUUCUGCACUCGUUGAGAAAUGGUUGAAUUCCAACGGCGACGAUGUCACUCAGCAUCUGCCCGCAUUUGACAACGAAUGGUUGAAUCUCGAUUACGAUGAUGUUACACAGCAGCAGCGUGCAAUCUGUCGAGAUGAAGCAGAUCAAUCGCCGUUAGUUGGCGACAAGGAGCCUCUCCUUUCAUUAGCAAGGGAAUACGAAUCAGGCAGCCCUAUCUUGAAGGAAAAAAUCAAGAUGCUCAGUGAACAUUAUGCUGCCAUCAGGCGGACAAAGAGAGACGGAAAUUGUUUCUUUCGAAGCUUUAUGUUUUCAUAUCUGGAGUAUAUUCUGGAAUCGCAAGACAAAGCUGAGGUUGAUCGUGUUGUGGCAUGUGUUGAACAAUCCAAGAAGAUGCUUCAGAGUAUCGGAUAUGAAGAAUAUAUCUAUACGGAUUUCUACUCGCUGUUCAUCAAGCAGCUUGAAUGUCUUCUGCAAGGAAAAGAAACCUCCAUAAGUCCUGAUGAGCUUUUGAAGAGAAGCCAAGAAGCAUCGAUUUCGAACUACCUUGUAUUGUUCCUCAGAUAUGUUGCUUCUGGUGAAAUACGCAGACGCUCUGAUUUUUUUCAAUCAUUCAUUGUUGAAAAUGGAACAGUAAAUAAGUUCUGUUCAACUUCGGUGGAGAGCAUGGGAGAAGAAAGUGACCACGUGCAAAUGAUUGCCUUGUCAGAUGCACUAGGAGUGCCAAUUCGCGUGGUCAACCUUGACAGCAGCUCAUGCAAGGCCAGCAGUGUCAAUGAAGCAAACCACCACGAUUUCAUCCCAGGCAAUGGUCCUAACCCAGUAAAACCAAUCAUCACAUUGCUCUACCGGCCAGGCCACUACGACAUUCUUUACCCCAAGCGACUCACCUUGCCAAGCUAUUGAUGCGGCAAGGGCCCACGGAUGGGACCAUUGUACAGCAAAAUCCAUGGAUGAAUUCAAUGGGGGUAGCUACUUUUAGCUAUGUUUUAUUCGAUACCAGAUUUGUUUUCCAAAUGUUGAUGAGCUUCUAGGCUGAUUCCAAAUGUGAAUGGGACGAACAGAGACAACAGUUUUACGUCUAAUACAUGAUCACAUGCAUACCUGACCAACUCCUUUUGAAAGUUCGCCUUUAUGGUUUCUAUCAAAUGCAGACCAUUCAUCUGUUGGGUCCCACAAUCGCUUGCUGCCAACAUUGAAAGGUUAGGGUUGUCCACUUUCUGAAUAGAUUAUUGAGACAUGCUUAAUCCAUGGUGAGACCCAACAGACUGAUGGCCCGGAUAAUUGAUUUGUGGGUGUCAUUGUGCAGACAUUGAAACAAGGUAUAUUGUGCAGAUCCUUUGGUUGAGGAUCCUAUAAUUCAUCAUUACUCUCUUUCGAGUCCUUUUUGGUUGAGGUGAAAGGUGGUUGGCUAUAAACGAAACAAGGUUGUUUUGGUGGGCACUGUAAUUGGAUAGGUGGGGGCCCCAUUGCAGUGAUCCAGGCAGUUUAUACGUGGGGCCUUUUCAUAGUGUGGGCA